GAGGCCAAGGAAGCUUGUGACUGGCUGCGGGCUGCCGGGUUCCCACAGUAUGCGCAGCUUUAUGAAGAUCUCCUUUUUCCAAUUGACACUGCUCUAGUCAAGCGAGAGCAUGACUUUCUGGAUAGAGAUGCUAUUGAGGCCUUAUGCAGGCGCUUAAAUACUUUAAACAAAUGUGCAGUGAUGAAGCUAGAAAUCAGUCCCCACAGGAAAAGGAGCGAAGAUUCGGACGAAGAUGAACCCUGUGCAAUAAGCGGCAAAUGGACUUUUCAGAGGGACAGCAAGAGGUGGUCAAGGCUUGAAGAGUUUGACGUGUUCCCUCCAAAACCGGACUUGAAUACCCCCUGCCCGGAAGCUCCUCACCUUACUAACGCGGCAAGCCGCGAGAGCGUGCUGACUGACCUCAGUGAGCGUCAGGAGGUGGCUUCUAUUCUGAGCAUCAGCAGCACCAGCAGCCACCAACCAACCCUGCAGAGCGAGGCAUCUACCACCAGGACAAACUCGGUCGUGAGCGUUUGCUCAUCCAGCAAUUUGGUAGCGAAUGAUGACUCAUUCAGCAGCCUGCCCUCGCCCAGGGAGCUGAGUAGCUUCAGCUUCAACACGAAAGCCAACGAGAAGAACGCCAAGUCCAAAACAAAGAGCCUGCUCAAGAGAAUGGAGAGCCUGAAAAUCAAGUCUCACCAUGGCAAGAGCAAAGCUCCUUCAAAGCUCGGCCUUAUUAUUAGUGGGCCCAUCCUGCAGGAGGGCAUGGAUGAAGAUAAACUGAAACAACUUAACUGCGUGGAGAUUUCUGCCCUCAACGGCAAUCACAUCAGCCUCCCUAUGGUACGAAAGAGGAGCGUCUCCAAUUCCACCCAGACCAGCAGCAGCAGUAGUCAGUCCGAGACGAGCAGCGCCGUCAGCACACCCAGUCCCGUCACGCGAACGCGCAGCCUCAGUGCGUACAACAAACGGGUGGGCAUGUACCUGGAAGGCUUUGACCCCUUCAACCAGUCAACGUUCAGCGACGUGAUGGAGCAGAACUUCAAGAACCGGGGAAGCUUUGCAGAAGACACAGUUUUUUUUAUCCCUGAAGAUCAUAAGCCCGGCACUUUCCCCAAAGCACUCUCCAACGGCAACUUCUCCCCAACAGAAAGCAAUGCCUCUGUGAACUGGAGGACAGGGAGUUUCCACGGACAUGGCCAUCUCACCCUCCGGAGGGAAAACAGCGGCGACAGCUCCAAAGAGCUGGGCAUGGGGAAAAGGCGCAACUCCUCAAGCUCAGUGAGCAGCCGGCUGAGUAUUUACGACAACGUGCCUGGCUCGAUCCUGUAUUCCAGUACAAGUGACCUGGCUGACCUCGAAAACGAAGACAUAUUCCCAGAACUAGACGACAUCCUGUACCAUGUCAAAGGGAUGCAGAGAAUAGUAAACCAGUGGUCAGAGAAGUUCUCGGAUGAAGGGGACUCUGACUCGGCCCUCGACUCCAUCUCCCCGUGUCCUUCCUCUCCAAAGCAGAUCCACCUUGAUGUAGAUAACGAUCGAACAACACCAAGUGACCUUGACAGUACAGGGAAUUCGCUGAACGAAACGGAAGAGCCCUCGGGGAUGCAGGACAGGAGGGACUCCGGGGUGGGCGCAUCACUGACAAGGUCCAGCAGGCACAGGCUGAGGUGGCACAGCUUCCAGAGCUCCCACCGGCCCAGCCUCAGCUCGGCAUUGCUGCAGAUCAACUGCCAGUCCGUGGCACAGAUGAACCUGCUGCAGAAGUACUCUCUCCUGAAGCUGACCGCGCUCCUGGAGAAGUACACGCCUUCCAACAAGCACGGCUUCAGCUGGGCAGUACCAAAAUUUAUGAAGAGGAUAAAGGUGCCAGAUUACAAAGACCGAAACGUCUUCGGAGUACCGCUGCAAGUCAACGUCCAGCGCACAGGGCAGCCUCUUCCACAGAGCAUUCAGCAAGCCAUGCGGUACCUCCGCAACCACUGCCUGGAUCAGGUUGGAUUGUUUAGGAAAUCUGGAGUCAAAUCAAGAAUUCAGGCUUUGCGUCAAAUGAAUGAGAGUUCAACAGACAGUGUCAGCUACGAAGGCCAGUCAGCUUACGAUGUAGCGGACAUGUUAAAGCAAUUCUUCCGUGAUCUCCCUGAGCCCCUCAUGACCAACAAACUCUCCGAGACCUUCUUGCAGAUAUACCAAUAUGUGCCAAAGGAUCAGCGUCUCCAGGCUAUCAAGGCUGCCAUUAUGCUUUUACCCGACGAGAACAGGGAGGUCCUCCAGAUUCUUCUCUAUUUCCUGAGUGAUGUCACAGCUGCAGUGAAAGAAAACCAGAUGACUCCAACAAACCUGGCCGUCUGCUUAGCACCUUCCCUCUUCCACUUAAACACUCUCAAAAGAGAGAAUUCUUCCCCAAGGGUGAUGCAAAGAAAACCAAGCCUGGGAAAACCUGAUCAGAAAGACCUAAAUGAGAAUCUGGCUGCAACCCAAGGGCUCGCUCAUAUGAUUGCUGAAUGCAAGAAGCUCUUUCAGAUACCCGAAGAAAUGAGCAGGGGGCGGAACUCAUACACGGAACAGGACCUCCGUCCCCUCAGCCUGGAGGAACUCCGGGGCAGCAGCAGCACUGCCGAGCCCUCUGACUACCACUGCUACCUCCAGGACUGCAUGGACGACUUGCUCAAAGAGAUGAAGGACAAGUUUAAAGGCUGGGUCAGCUGCUCCACCUCAGAACAAGCAGAGCUGGCCUACAAGAAGGUAUGCGAAGGUCCCCCACUGCGGCUGUGGAAAACUACCAUUGAAAUCCCAGCUACGCCUGAGGACGUUUUAAAUCGUUUACUUAAAGAGCAACACCUCUGGGAUGAAGAUCUUAUAGAUUCAAAAGUAAUCGAACCUUUGGAUAGCCAGACAGAUAUAUACCAGUAUGUCCAGAACAGCAUGGCACCUCACCCAGCCAGGGACUUCGUAGUCUUAAGAACAUGGAGGACCAACUUCCCCAAAGGAGCUUGUGUGCUUUUAGCAACCUCAGUGGACCAUGACCGCGCUCCAGUGGCAGGCGUUAGAGUCAAUGUGCUCCUGUCUAGGUAUCUGAUUGAGCCCUGCGGGUCAGGAAAAUCUAAACUCACCUACAUGUGCAGAAUCGAUUUAAGGGGCCACAUGCCAGACUGGUACACCAAGUCUUUUGGACACUUGUGUGCAUCUGAAGUCGUUAAGAUACGAGACUCUUUCAGUCAUCAGAGUCUUGAGAGCAAAGAAGUGAAAUCUAGGUGACUACUGAAGAGGAACAGCCACGCGCUCCACACCUCAGCAACGUAGACAUUACCCAAAACUGAGGCUCGUCCGCUGCAGACCGGACUAGUGUACCAUCUGCAAGUCACGUCGUGAAGGGAUGACAGCAUGAGAACUUGACUGUGAGCAUUACUAUAGGACUGUGGCCAUACCAUACACUUUAAAGCUGCUUCCUGUCUGUGUAAGGUCUAUAGUGUAGGCCUCGACUGGAAUACAUAGGAGGACUGUGCAAAAA